UUCACAUUUCAACAUCAAACCCCCCCUUCCCAAUAUUUUCCUUUCAUUUACUUCCCACUUUCCUAGCAAAACCAUACCCUUUUCUUCCACACCACUAUAAUAGUAUUAACCAAAUCUUAACCCAAUCCAAAAUCAACAAACAAACCAAACAGAUCCUAAGCCACUUUAUCAAAAUUACCAAAAAUGAGUAUUGUUUUACAUGAAAGUGCUUCUUCUAAGAUGAAGGAGAUACUCAUAAAAGAACUUAUUCAGGGUAAAGAAUAUGCUACUCAGUUAAAGUUUAUGUUUGAGAAUCAUGUUGACUCUAAUGGAUCUGCUUCUGUUAAGGAAUUAGUUUGCAAUGUGUUGAGAACUUUCUCUCAGACUAUUUCUGUGAUGACUUCUUCUGAAGCUUGUAAUUUUGAUGAAGUUGCUCAAAAUCAUAAUUCAGGAGAAGAUGGUUCAUUGGUUGCAGCUUCUUGUAAUGAUGAUGUUAAGUCUGAAGAUUCAAGUGAGAGUAAGAAAAGAUUGUUGCCUACUACAAAGGAUCGAAGAGGUUCCUACAAAAGAAGGAAGACUGAUGAGACAAGGACCAUAGUCUCUAAAACCAUUGGUGACAAUCAUUCCUGGAGAAAGUACGGACAGAAGGAAAUCCUUAAUUCUCAAUUCCCUAGGAGUUACUUCAGAUGUACUAGAAAGCAUGAACAAGGUUGCAAAGCAACCAAACAAGUACAAUUGAUAGAAGAGAAUCCAGAAAUGUACCAAAUUACGUACAUCGGCUAUCACACAUGCAAAGCCUCUCUACAGACUCCACAAAUGGUUGCAUUUUCUGCAGGUACUAAUUGGGACUCAUUUACUGUGAAUCCUCACUCAAAGGAAGUUCUAGUAAACUAUGAUCAACAGGUUCCCCCUAUUAGUAGCUCGGAAAGGCCGGUUGUAAAACAAGAAUAUCUGAACAACGACGACAAUACUACUCCUCAGAGGAGUGAUCUUACAGAUAACUUAUUGGAUGAACAUAACUUGUGGUCUGAUUUUAAGGAUCUUGAACUCCCUAAACCUUCCACUCUAAGCUUUAAUAACGUGGCGCCGUCUGAUAAUAAUGCAGAUAAUGUGUAUUCAUGUACUGAAUCUCAAAAUCUUGAAAUUGAUUUUGGGUCGUUUUCGGAUUUCAGCAAUGAUUUAGUAUAUUUUGAUGAAAGUCAGUUACUUUAGUUAGCAUCUUGAAUGUACUUAUUUAGAUUUUGCUUCUGGUUUUGACAGAAUCACUUAAAUUGAUCUGUCAAUUUGAUGUAGAGUAACCUCUUUCUACAAUGUGCUUUAGAAAGAUUGUACUUAGAAUAAAUCACUUACCAUUUGUAAGUUUAAAUCUGCCAUGUUUGUAUGUAUGUAUGUAUGUAUGUAUGUAUGUAUGUAUGUAUGUAUGUAUGUAUGUAUGUAUGUAUGUAGAUAUAUGCACAACUUGCUUUUCUUUUUAUAUAUCCUUGCAAAUGCAAUGUGUAUGAUGAGAUAAUGGCCUCCACAAAACAGUAAUGAAAUUAAAGGUUGUAGGACAUGUAUCCAAUAAUCCAAA